GGAAGGUUGCACAGUGGACCGCUCACUGCUGUGGCGAUGGCAUAGGCUGCCGUACUGUGCCAGAAUCUGGGGACAGAUAAUGGAUGGUGGAUUAAAGGCGCACCCUGCGGCUCCUUACUUAAGAGUCGUCAACAUCCACGGUGCGAGCAGAGCAAGUGGUGAUACAGGUGGUCGGCUGCAAGAUGGUGUACUCCUCGUUGGCCGCCUCUCCGAGGCUGCUGCUGCAGCUCUGCGUCAGCACCCUGUACUGCAUUUUUGCAAGCAUCUUUUCAAAAAUUUCUUGCUGGAAAACGGAAGCCUGCGGGGCUGCAGCCUCACCUGGCAGGGCACUGGACAAAAGGAGAGUCCAAAAUGCAACGACUCCAACAAGUGUCAACUAUCAUUUUACACGCAAGUGUAAUUAUAAGUGUGGAUUUUGUUUCCACACUGCAAAAACAUCCUUCGUUAUGCCCCUAGAAGAAGCCAAGAGGGGCAUCAAACUUCUGACGGAAUCAGGUAUGGAAAAGAUCAACUUCUCUGGAGGAGAGCCCUUCCUGCAUGAAAAGGGGGAGUUUCUGGGCAAGUUAGUUCAGUACUGUAAACAGGACCUCCAGCUCCCCAGUGUCAGCAUCGUCAGCAAUGGAAGCAUGAUCAAAGAAAAAUGGUUCCAGAAAUAUGGUGACUAUCUGGACAUCUUGGCCAUCUCCUGUGACAGUUUUGAUGAAGCAACCAACCAGCUGAUCGGCAGAGCUCAGGGCAGGAAGAGCCACCUUGACAACCUUUACAAGAUUCGCAACUGGUGCCAGCAGUAUAAAGUGGCAUUCAAAGUCAACUCGGUCAUCAACACCUUCAACGUUGACGAAGACAUGAAGGAGCACAUCAUCCAGCUCAACCCGGUUCGCUGGAAGGUAUUCCAGUGUCUGUUGAUUGAUGGGGAGAAUGCAGGAGAGUCAGCCCUGAGAGAGGCGGAGAGGUUCGUCAUCAGCGAUCAGCAGUUUCAGGAGUUUCUUGAUAGACACAGCAGCGUCUCCUGCCUUGUUCCUGAGUCGAAUGAGAAGAUGAGGAACUCCUACCUCAUCCUGGAUGAGUAUAUGCGUUUCCUGGACUGUCGAGAGGGAAGGAAGGACCCGUCCAAGUCCAUCCUUGAUGUUGGCGUAAAUAACGCCAUUUGCUUUAGUGGCUUUGAUGAAAAGAUGUUCUUAAAGAGAGGAGGGAAAUAUCUGUGGAGCAAAGCUGACAUGAAGCUGGACUGGUGAAAUUCUGCUGCUCAUGUAUUUUGAUUUACCUUUGCUAAGCCAAUGCACUGUUAAUUUGUAAAGUGUGAAUGUUUUUAUCUUUAUUUAUGUCUCUUACUUUUCUAGCUUACCGUACCACUUGUGAUUGUUGAAAAACCUGUUCUAUUCAAAGUAUUUUUUGCACUUUGCUGUUUCAAUUACAGAUAAGCAUUGCUGUUUCCUUGCACUGCAAAUAUGGAAGUU